CUUUAUUGAAAGUUUAAACCCUUUUUAAAGCUUAAAGCUACAAAAUCUAUGACUCACUCACACACUGUCACUGCCUCUGGCUUCUAAGUUGUAAGGUCUAAACCCUAACCAAAGCUUCUUAACACAUCUCUUCCAAUUGCAGUUUGUAAUGGCUACACCAACAUUUGGAUUGGAACCUCUCAAAUGCAAGACAUGGGACUUGAAAGUAUCUAUCCACUGCCAAGGUUGUAAAAGAAAGGUCAAGAAAGUUUUACAAUCCAUCGAUGGUGUUUAUACAGCCACCGUUGAUUCACAGCAGCAAAAAGUUACAGUUACCGGCAACGUUGAAGUAGAGACUUUAAUCAAGAAACUCAUUAAAACAGGCAAGCAUGCAGAGAUUUGGCAUGAAAAAGAAUCAGCCACAGUAAAAUCCAUGCAUAAGCAAACCGACCCAAAUACUAGCCAAGAUCUUAAUCAUGAUCAUAAGAAAGGUAGGAAAAAGUCUAAUGAUCAGACUGAAGGCGCAAAAAAUGUCGAGAAGUCGCCGGAAAAUACCACAAACGGCGUCCAGGAGUCUCCAGCAGUGAAAAACAAGAGUAGUUCAAGUGAGAGUGGAGGUAAAAAGAAGAAAAACAAAGGGGUAAAUGGUGAAAAUGGGAGGAAUGGUUCCGGCUCAGGCGCAUCGUCUGGCGGAGCUGCAGGUACCGGAUAUCAGACUCAAGGGGUAGGUAUGGGUCAAGCUGUAGGACCAAGUAAUCCUUGCCCUACACAGCAGCAUUUUGUUCCAUUCUCACAAGGGUUCAAUAUUCCUCAAGUGUAUGCAUCAAGUUACAGUAUGUCAAACCCUAGGGAAAGUGGUGCACCUUUCUACUAUGUACUGCCAUCACCAGCAGCAGCAGCAGCAGCAGCAUAUGCAAAUCCAAGUAGAUAUCAAGUGACUCCACUUGAUUCUCUUUACUACUUUAGUGAUGAAAAUGUUGAUGGCUGUUUCAUAAUGUGAUUGAUCUUAUAGUCUAUAUGAUGGAGGUAUUAUAUGUGUACUCGGAAACGCUGAAACGGAAAAUGUUAAACAAUUAGGUAUAAAUAUAAAGUUUUGGAGUUUCUGAAGCGUUUUUGAAAAUGAAAAAAAAUGUUUAAAUGUAAGAUUCGAUAAAUUUAUGUGCAUUAUAGUUAGCGGUAGAGAAG